CUUCCACAUUAGAAACACCUAGCUACUAUAAAAGCUUUCAGUUGGACCUUGUAAUCAUCACCAGUCUUUACACCUUUCUUGUUUCCUAAAUACAAAAUCAUCAAGAAGUUUCGUGAUCAAUAGAGCGCGCCUCUACAUGCUUUGAUCUUGCAGUUUUACAAUAACAAAUUCAAGUCAAGAGAUGGGUUUGAGAGAUAUUGGAGCCUCACUGCCACCAGGAUUUCGGUUUUACCCUAGCGAUGAAGAGUUGGUUUGCCACUAUCUUUAUAAGAAGAUAGCUAAUGAAGAUGUACUCAAGGGCACUUUAGUGGAAAUUGAUCUUCAUACUUGUGAGCCAUGGCAACUUCCAGAGACUGCAAAACUCAAUUCAAGUGAGUGGUACUUCUUCAGCUUUCGCGAUCGCAAGUAUGCAACAGGAUACCGAACUAAUAGGGCCACCACAUCUGGAUAUUGGAAGGCCACCGGAAAAGAUAGGACAGUUGUUGAUCCAAGUACUGGUGCCACUGUUGGGAUGAGGAAGACUUUAGUGUUUUACAUGAACCGAGCACCAAAUGGGAUUAAAACUGGUUGGAUCAUGCACGAAUUUCGCCUAGAAAACCCAAAUAAUCCUCCCAAGGAAGAUUGGGUUUUAUGUAGAGUGUUUUACAAAGCAAAGGGAGACAACAGCAACCAACACUGUCCACAAGACAUGUAUCACAACACAACUCAAAAUGCCACCUCACCAAAUCUGGAUCCAUCUCCUACGCUCACCACCAUCUGCCAGCAACCAUCUUGUGUCCACCAUCACCACCCAUUGAUCACCAACAACAACACCUCUACCACCUUCUGCAAUCACCAAAAUUACUUUGGCAUAUCACCACAACAUUGCAACCAUCCAAAUCUUCUCCAUCUACCUCCUAAUUCCACUUUGAUUGAAUCGACCGAUCAAAUGAUUAUAAGCUCGAGUAACAAGUGUGAAGAUCAAUAUGGUUUCUUUUACAAUAUGGGUUUUGAAGACCAUGUCCCUUCCCACAAUCUACAAGACAUGGAAUACGAGGAUGAUGAUAACGACAAUGGCAUUGUGUUCUACGAGUAAUGUGAACUGAAGUGUUUUAGGUGUAGAAAAUUGAAGAUGUGAACAUAUAAUUUCUUCAUUUGAUUCUUGAGUGUUUAUGUGUUUAAGUUCUAUUUGAACGAAGUGAUUGAUUUCUUGUAUAUUAAGAGAUUGAAUGUAUGUACAUGCAUAGGAUUAUUUGGGUUUGUAAAUGUUACUCUUUUCAUUA